UUUCGAAGUCGUUAAAAAUAAAAUAAAAAGAAAAAUCACAAAAUAUGGAAUUUAGAAAGAACGAAGUUGUUUGAUACGCAAUGGUAGAAAGAAAUCAACCCUGGCGAAGAUAUUUCAAGCAGAGACGUUGUACAUUGGAAAGACCAUGACUUUAUCCAUGACUCUGGUCAGGCGCCAGAUCUCGCUCUUGUCUAUAGAACACAUAAUUUCUGCUUUUCAUUUGAUAGAAAUUCGCUACGUUGACUAACAAAUAUUUUUCUUAUAACAAUUUUCGAGAGGAAUUCAUUAUUGAAUGAAAGUAAAAAUUUGCAUAAAUGGAGAAUUGCGGUGGCGCUUAAAUCGGUUUCUGUUCGGAAAUUUCUAUGCGGAAUUCGAAGUUCAGCCUCGACGCUCGUAUCACCUUAUGGGCGAAAUUCGGGGUAAGGGUAAGGGCAAUACCGAGAAACAGAAGAGCACGUGGUGAGUUUCAACUAUUCUUGGUUGGGACUGUACCGACCCCUGCUGACCAGACGUUCAGUCGUCGGUGCUGGGCGGGUUGCAGGUUUCAGGCGCUUUUUACUCGAAUUUUUAAACGUUAAUUAUUGGAAAACAAAACCGCAAACGCUAUUUCGUUAUUCUUGAUUUUCGUCUUAUUUUGAUCUCUAGAAUCACCCCUUAAAAUUUUGCCCACCUGUUGUCGAAAUCCUAUGGGAGGUAGGGACAUCGCUUUUUUCCCUGGGGCAUUAGUGUGCAUACAUACAAAACGGUAUUUUGGGAAAAAUCGUAAUAAUAAAAACUCUUGGAUCAUAUUAUUGCAGUAGCACAAUUUUCAUUUGGCGCAUCAAAGUGAUAAUGAUAUUGUUCUUAUCAACGCAUUGUUUGUAUAGAAUGUUAUCAUGAUAAGGCAAUUAGUGAUAUCUUCGUUAUAGAGUAGUAAAAUUUAACGAUGGAAGUUCCUUCAAAAAAUACAGUUUUAAUAACUGGAUUUGGUCCAUUCAGUAACCAUAUUGUUAACGCCAGCUGGGAAGCCGUGAAAGAAUUAAACAAACUGUGCGCUACUUCAAAAGAAUUAAAAAAUGUUGAAGUAAUUGUGAAAGAAAUGUCAGUUUCAUAUGAAGAUGUAGAUACUUAUGUACCCAAACUUUGGGAAGAAUAUAAACCUACACUAGUUCUACAUGUAGGUGUAUCUAGUAAAGCAAAAUCUUUAACUAUAGAAUGUUGUGCUCAUAGCAAUGGUUAUUUAAGACAAGACACAAGUGAUAAGUGUCCUGAUGAAAGUAAUAUUAAACCUAAAAUUUUGGAAACUAAAAUCAAUGUUAACAAAAUAUGCAGUGCAAUUAAUGAGAAUUCAGAGUGUAAUGCUUGCAUAUCACAUGAUGCAGGACGAUAUUUGUGUGAAUAUAUAUUUUACAAAUCCCUACAGAUUGAUCCUAUGAAAACAUUAUUUAUUCAUGUUCCUGAUUUUGAUCAAUAUUCAAGCAUACAAACUGCAAAAGGUUUGCAUGACAUUUUAUGUUACCUAAUUAAGGAUAUGAAAAACAUGAAGGAUUAAAUUUUUAUAUAUAUAUAUAUAAACAUAAUUCAAAUAACUUUUUAUGGUAAUUUAUAAAAUGUAAUUUUAAUAAAAAGGACAGCUGUA